AUGGAUAAGGAAUUAUGUCAAAUAUCUUAUAUCCUUGUGUCUAUUUCAGACACAUCAGUCGACAAAAAAACGAAAAAAGAGGCUACACCAAGAAGCAAAAAGGACACAAGACUCAAAACAUCUGCAGCGACAUGUUCAGUUAAGGAUGAAGUAUUCGAUACGAGUAUCCCGGUGGUGAAGCUUCCAAAAAAUAUCUCCAAGACUUUUCCCAAAAUGUCGCCUUCUAGGAAAAUACAGAACAUAAAUCUCGUCUUCCCGCCGAACCCGAGAAUUGAGUUUUCCAAGAAUCUUGAGGACGACGAGUAUAAUAAUGAUGUCAUGAAUAAAACUUUCGUUGUACAGAAUCAACCAAUUGACGCAAAUGUAACAACUGACAGUACUUCGAACGAUUACAAUAUUACCAUGGAAAGUACGCAAAAUGAGAAGGAUAUGCUAGAGUCAGAAAUCUGGCCAAUUUUUCCAAGAACUCCACUCGUGGAAACAAGUUUUCAAAUUCGUACUACGUCUACCCCGAAGUUCUCUCCCGCUAAUUUCUUCUCAUCUUCCAUCUUAGAGGAGAGUCCAAUAAUGAAAAACAUCCCUUCCAAAAACAUCCUGGAGAAAUCGUCCUUCUUCGAAAACAUUUCCAGAUCGACAAAUCUGUCGGAUAACACCGCAAGCGAAUUUGAAAGCACUUCAAGGUCUAGAAGAAGGUUGUCUCAGAAUGUUUUGGAAAAAGCAUUCAUAUUCGAAGCAAGUUCAAAAGUGGAAAAUAAUUCUCUUGCUUGUAAGAAAACUCCACUGGAAGCCAAGAAGAAAAAUAUACGAUCGAUUGAUCCAAUUAUGUUCGAAAAGACUGAUGUAAAUUUAUCUGUACCAAGAACCUUUUCUACGGUUCGUGACAUGGUGAAGAAGAUAGAGGUUUCUAAAAAAUCUAAUAGUAUUCGGGAAAAAGAGGUCCACAUCGAUGCCAAAGAAUCGCCUGUUACUAUCGACGGAAAGAAAUCUAAUUUCAACAAAAAGAUUUUGAACUUCUUUGCUGAAGAAAGGAAAAGUCAGUCGCCAUACAGCAAGUUCCUGAACUCAAAGAGGAAGUCCAUGGAGCUGGAAAACGUGGUAAAGAGCAAACAACCUCAGCAUGAAAAGAGCCUUGUACGUGGAAUUAUCGAAACUUUGAUGGAGAAACUGAGCAAACCAUCGCUUCGACGUGAAAACAGAAACGUUGGAAUCAACCAGAACUUCGUGAAGCAGCUAGUCAGAGCCUUGGAGAAGGAAGAUACUACCGAGGUCGAAAAUUCGCUGUCAGAGAGAACUUCUGUAAGCGAAGAAGGCAGCUUCAGCGAGUCAGAAACGAAAGUCAGCAUUACAUCAGCAUCUCCCAAAGAC